GAGCUGCAACUUUCGACCAGUCAGACGAUCAGAGGAUUUUUCCUGUUUGGACACUCGGAAAAAAUCUCCUCCAAAAUCCUUCUCGUCGAAAUUUACCGUUUUCCCGAGAAAAUUUCUUCCGGGUCGAAAUCAUUUCCCGAGGCAGAUUCAAGAAUCGUUAAAGCACAAUUUUGAAGCUCGAACUUGUCUGGACAUUAUCUGAAUUUAGGCUAAAAGAAUGAUUGCUUCAGAAUCCGCUCUACGAAUUCCAUCAGGGUCCUUGUCUCCAUAUCUCAGUUCUUUCUUUAUUAACUCCACCUCAAGCCUCUCUUUCCAACCCGUCGGUAGGAGAAGGGGCUUAAGCUGCACAAACUCACAUAACAUCUCAAGAAUAUCCAAAAAUGUGGUGAAAGAUCAUGCAUUUAACAGGUCAAACUGUGUCUCCAGAUCCAAAAGUUUCGAUUUUGCUAGAUGCAAAUGCCAGGGACAUGAUAGUUUCAGAAAGACUGUAGCCGAGAACAUAAGACAAUCAUCGCUUCCUUCAGAUGGGUUGAGCAAUGAAGUGAAGAGCAAAGAUCUUGACUUGGAAGAAAGGCCACGAGCUGAAAAUGGAAGUUUUGCAUCGAAUGGUAAUGCACAAUCUGUUGGAAAUGUGGGUGCAGCUCAUAUGGCUUACACAAAAUCUAUUGAGGAAGAAGCAUGGGAUUUAUUGAGGGAGUCAGUUGUUUACUAUUGUGGCAAUCCUAUUGGAACAAUUGCUGCUAAUGAUCCGAACUCUUCCAGUGUUUUGAAUUAUGAUCAGGUCUUCAUUCGUGAUUUUAUCCCCUCGGGGAUUGCCUUUCUUCUGAAGGGAGAGUAUGAUAUUGUUCGGAAUUUCAUCCUCUACACCCUUCAGUUACAGAGCUGGGAGAAAACCAUGGACUGUCAUAGCCCAGGUCAAGGACUGAUGCCUGCUAGUUUCAAGGUGAGAACAGUCCCUCUUGAUGGCGAUGAUUCGAUGACCGAGGAGGUGUUAGAUCCUGAUUUCGGGGAAGCAGCUAUUGGGCGAGUUGCCCCUGUUGAUUCUGGCUUGUGGUGGAUUAUAUUGCUGAGGGCGUAUGGAAAAUGCACUGGUGAUCAUUCUGUGCAAGAACGAGUUGAUGUACAAACCGGGAUCAAGAUGAUCUUGAAGCUGUGUCUGGCUGAUGGUUUCGAUAUGUUCCCUACGUUAUUGGUUACUGAUGGAUCCUGCAUGAUUGACCGCCGUAUGGGAAUUCAUGGCCAUCCUCUGGAGAUUCAGGCGCUCUUUUAUUCAGCGUUGCUCUGUGCCCGUGAAAUGCUUACACCAGAGGAUGGAUCGGCCGACCUAAUCCGAGCCCUCAACAACCGUCUUGUUGCAUUAUCUUUCCACAUCAGGGAAUACUAUUGGCUCGACUUGAAGAAAAUCAACGAAAUAUACCGUUACCAGACCGAGGAAUACUCUUACGAUGCAGUUAACAAAUUCAACAUAUACCCGGAUCAGAUUCCGUCGUGGUUGGUGGAUUUUAUGCCGAACCGAGGAGGCUAUUUGAUCGGAAACCUUCAACCGGCUCAUAUGGAUUUCCGUUUUUUUUCUCUUGGGAACUUGUGGUCCAUUGUAAGCAGUCUGGCUACAAAUGACCAGUCGCAUGCUAUUUUAGAUCUCAUUGAAGCAAAAUGGGCAGAACUUGUAGCAGACAUGCCUUUCAAGAUCUGUUAUCCUGCGCUUGAAGGUGAAGAAUGGCGGAUUAUAACCGGCAGUGAUCCAAAGAAUACGCCUUGGUCUUACCACAAUGGAGGAGCGUGGCCUACCUUGUUAUGGCAGCUAACCGUUGCAUGCAUCAAGAUGGAAAGACCAGAGAUUGCAGAAAAAGCAGUCGAGCUAGCCGAAAGACGCAUAGCCCGAGACAAAUGGCCCGAAUACUACGAUACGAAACGGGCAAGAUUCAUCGGGAAACAAGCCCGACUCUACCAGACAUGGUCAAUCGCGGGAUACCUGGUGGCGAAACUCCUCCUGGAAAACCCAUCUGCUGCAAAGUUCCUCUCUAACGAAGAGGACUCGGAUCUGAAAAGCGCCUUCUCGAGCAUUAUCAGUGCCAACCCGAGAAGAAAGCGUGGGCGCAAAGGAGCUAAUAAGCAGUCUUUCAUAGUAUAGAAUAAAAGAAGCUCAGAUCUCUGGAAGUGAUCCAUCAAAAAAGGAAUGAGCUUUUUUACAUCAUUCAUUUUCAUGUAAAUAGUUGAACUCAGUAUGUGCUUUUCUUCAUGGAUACACACAUUGAUAACUUCAUUAGGAAAUUACCCUCUUUCCAAUUUUUAUAAAA